GUUGUGUGGAGGUGAAGGGGGGGGGGAACUGUGAGAAGCGGGUGCUGGGCCCCUUUGAGUUGACGCACAGUGCGGUAAUUAGCCUUGAUUUUAAAAUAAAAGGUACGGAGGAAGCGUGGUGGUUUGGUGCUAAGGAAGGUGGUGUUGCCAUAAGUGGCAGUUUUGGGGUCUCUGCGGGGUUUGGGCCUGCUUUGGGCUGGAGUGUGACAUAGUGACCGCGAUGGGCCCUUGGGGGGCACUUGAGGGGCCUUUUGGGGGGCCCCGAAGGCCCUUUUGGAGACCACGAGAUGCCUUUUGGGGACCCCAAGCGGCCUCUGAGGGGCUGGAGGCACCUUCUGGGCAUCUCGAGGGGUCUUUUGGGAGGACCUCCUGGGACCUUUUCUGGGGUCUUGAGAUGUCUUUGUUGGACGUUAUUGCUCUGUGGUUUUGCCUCGAGCCUCCUUCAGCCGCUCCUGGUGUGGGAUGAGGCCGCUCUGGAAAGGAAAGGGCCAUCACAGCUAGCGAACUGAGGAGGAGCCGGAGCCUGCUCGCUAAUCAGUCCUCCCCCCGCCAUUGGGGAAAUCUCCAAGGAGACUUUCUUCCCACCAUCCACACGAAAUCUGCACAGGACCGCUGUGUGCCAACCAUCUGACUCGCUAAUUGCAGAUCCCAGAGCUUGGCUUGACCGAAGCCGCCCAUUUGGGUGGUGGAGGAGCCCGGUUAUGCCUCCUUUUGCAGGGCUAGAUCGCUGUGCUCUUCCUCAUCGACUUAUCCCUCGUUCUUCCAUAGGGUAUGGGACAGGAGGUGGUGCAGGGGCCUCCUCGGAGCCGUGGCUGCCCUACAGCAAUGAAGGGUGUGCCUGCUCGGCUGCACGAGCCGAGGGAUGCUCAGCCUGGGGAGACAGAGCUUUUUAAUAAGGAGAGGAGGAGGAGGAGGAGACGCUACUCCCUUCUAGACACCACAGAUGAUUCGAGGCACACUUGGCAGCGCGUCAGGCACAGAAUCGGUGCAUUCUGUUCAUUAAGGAGUGACUGUCACUUGUAGCAACGUUUAGAAAAUGUUUCGAGGGGUAUGGCAGGAUGUUAAUGAUCGUGUACGCCUUCGAGCAGAGCUGUCCUCUCCGGGUCUAUCUCCACCGUGUCCCAGGGGUGAGGUUUUCCUGGUGGCGAAGGCACCCUUGAGGCUGGAUCCCUUUCCUCUCCAGGGGUUUUGAUUUGUUUCCCAUAGUUUUUUCUUCCAAGCCGUGCGUGGGACUGGCGGUGGGAGCUGCAGGUUGUGUCACCGGUGCCUGUGUCCUGCUGCCUCCCAUCUCUGUAGAGAUGCCCUUUCUCCUGUUCCGUGCCCACAAUGCAUCCAGACAGCUCAGUUUGGGAGCUAGCUGCUUUGUUAGGGUCAUGGAACAAGCGAGGGAGGGCACCUGGCCAGGUCCUGUGGCCUGGCUGCACUAUCCUGACCCAUCCUCGGAGCAUGCUGGUAUUUAUUUACCCAUCCCGAAAUGUGGUUGGUCAGGAAACCUCCGUCUCCAGGGCUGUGGGACAGUGCUGGGAGGAAUGUGUGAGAUGCAGAGGAGCUCUGUGAGGCAUCUUUGUCCUCGGAGGGGGAAAAAAAAAAACACAAGGAAAAGUUGCGUGCUAGCAACAAGAGGCUCGGUGAGCAAACUUGGCGUUCUGGGGAUGCGGUUUGGAGGAGAGGAGGCGAUUUCUGAGGCUCGGAGACUUCAGAAUGGCCUCAAGUUGUGCCAGGAGAGGAUCAGGUUGGAUAUUAGGAAACAUUUAUUCUCAGAGAGAGCGGUCAGGCUCUGGGAUGGGCUGCCCAGGGGGUGCUGGAGUCCCCAUCCCUGGAGGUGUUGGAGAACCGUGGAGAUGUGGCACUGGGAGACACGGUCACCGGGCAUGGUGAGGUUGGGUUGGGCUUGGACUUGAUGAUCUUGGAGGUCUGUUCCACCCUUAAUGGCUCUGUGGAAGGGGUGGAGCAGUGUUUAGGGUGGAUGAUGGGAAGCGUUUGACCCCAGCACCGCCCUGCAGCUCGUCUCCCUCCUCCCACCUCUUGCUUUGCGGCUCACUUGUUUGUCUCGCUCUUCAGGCAAGUCGCAUCUGUCGAGUCACAUUUCUGGUUACUUUGCUGGGAGCAGCUUUCGCCUCCCGACAGAAGCAGGUUAUUUUUAGGUAAAAGAAUAAGGGCAUUAAGCAUGAGAAUGUAUGACAGGGGCUUCGUUUUCUGACAAGUAGCUUUAAUUUGUUAAGCGUACUCCUUUUUAUUUCUUUAUAUGUAUUUUUAAGUGAAUAGGUUUUGCUGUUUGCUCCCUCUUUUCGAAGCACAACGUUAAACUGAAGUUCCACGGCCCCUGCUUCGACCCAAGCGAAAUAAAUGCGUGCUAGGAAACUCUAAAUAAGGCGUGGGGUGUGGUGGUUCACCCAACAGCACCAUGAACUGCUGCAGGCAGACAGUGCUAGCUAAACUUUGGGCUUUUUAUUGCUGUCAGCCCUCUACAAAUCACCAUCAGGCUCUACCAGCAGGAGGAAGUCCCAGAUCUUGGAUCCCGUAGGGGAAAGAGAGGGAAAUAAGGAGGAUGAACCCGACACAGAGCUGCAAGCAUCUUAUGCUGCUUGUGCAGCUCAGUGGGGGCUGGGGGCUCAACAUGGAGAUGGGACUCAACGUGUGGUUGGUGGCUCAAAGCGUGCUCAUCUCAGACGUGUCCCGUGAGGAUCUUAGUGCUGGCUUUCAUUAUUUCCUACUCUCUGUGCACUUUGAUCUGGGGAGUUUAAAACCCGACGUGUUUACUCUUCCCUGAGUCAAUCCGUGCGCCUCCAGAUAAGCCCUGCAAUAACGCGCAGAUAAAUCAUAUCUUGACUAGAUAUGCCCUCUCAGGAGCUUAAUGGCUUGCUGAUUGCCCGUGUUAAUUGCUGAAGGCCCCGAUUGCAGGACCCAGAGCUGUGUUAGAACGGUAUUAAAUUAACGCCCAAGCUCCUCCUCUUGCUUCCACCUUUUAAACCAAUUUUUUUUACCCACCUCUUAGGAGAAGGGAUUUCCUGGAGAGGUUACAGGGAGAUGUUGGAGGCUGCUUUGCAGCUGCUGUGACUUUCCUGGACGUGCAGGUCCAGCCCAGCGUGUGGAAGCUGCUGGAGCUGAGGCUGGCACGCGCUGCGCGGUGCGUGCUGCCGCCAAACGUGGCUUUCUCAGCCCCGAAGACGGGCUGACCCUGUUUAUCCUAUGCAAUCGCUUGGGUUCUGCAAACACAUGCUUUGAAGACGAAUUGCAGAGGAGAAGAGGAAAUUACAGACACCUUUGGGUUUGGUGUUUAUCUGCUAACUUCAUCGAAUCUGCCAAAAAAGCCAUCCGUUGGCUUUUUUUACAUCUCUGUCAGCCAGGAUUGGAAUUUCAGAUGGGAGUUUGCGUCGUGUGCCUACGGGGUUUACGCUCAGGGGUUGGGUUGAGAAGCCUGAAGGUGAGGCUGGGAGGUGUGCUGGGGGUACAUCAACCCGGGAGCAAGCUGCAGGAUCCACGCUGUCAUCCCGCAGUCUGCAGCAGCAGGGGAAAGAAGAGGAGCCGCUGCUGGAGGGAGAGAACCGAGCUUUGCCUCUUUGCUCUCCUUCUCCAGGCGUCUGAGCCCUCACCUGUGGCUUCGAGUGGCUGAAGGGGCAGGGAUGGGCUCCUGGCCCUUUAAUUUACUCCAAUUUAGAGUAUGAAAGGGCUGCGAUUGCCCAGCUUAAGCCUAAACUUGUAUCCGGGGUGGGCUCCCAACGUGUAAUUGCGCAGCGUGCCGUGCCAGCGCGCAGUUGCUCAAUGGCUUGUGUUUUUUAAUAUAUAUUUUCUUUGCUUUAGCUUAAAUCUCUGCCUAAUUAAUUGAGAGCUGACGUAAGCCUGAUUUUUUUUUUUUUUUUUUUUAAAAACUGGAAAAAAAACAAGUCUGCGUGCCUUUUGCUCUGGCUUAAUUAAAUCCUUUUUCCAAUCGCACUGCAAUUAAAUGAGGAAAGUUGCGCGUAUCUCCUUCCAGUGCUGAGGAAUGCCCACCUGCUUUAAAUGAAGGCGAUUAACCCAGUGCUUGCUAAUGGCCAUUUACUCACCUCUCCCUGCCCUUCUCUCCCAGUUCCUGGAGUCUUUUUUUUUUUCCUUCUUUUAGCGUUUUUGCUGGAGUCCACUGCACCCUGCAUGGCCCGCAGCACAGCCAGGCUUGAGCUGGAGCUCAGCGCGCUCCCCUGCUCGGUUCAAACCCCGGUGGAAGGGAAUUAAUAUUUCCUUUCUAGGACUUCAUCUUGCUCGCAGGCUGGUGAGAAGCAGUCCCAAAAUAGCCCCGAUUAAUCACAGGAAAAUUGCGUUAUUCAGAUUUCCUCUCAAUAACCGUUUACUACAGCAGAUGUUGCGGGAAUAAAAUGGCGAAAGAGAUGCUGGCUGUGUUUGGGAUGCGAAGGUCAAACUCGUGGGCGUGUUGCGAGCUCCAUCCAUGGCACGAGCACAGUGGCCAGAACUGGAAAUAAGCCUGCCGAAAGCAACCGUGCUUGAUUUUUUUCAUUGAAAUCUGGUUGACUGGUAGGGCUGGUCCAGUGCAGACCUUGGAGUGAGGUGCAGAUAUCUUGGUGUCCCCUUACCCUGCUGGGCGUGGGGUGAUGGAUAUUGGGAAAUGUUUCUCUUCAGAUAGAUUGGUCGUGCACUGGCACAGGCUGCCCGGGGAGGUAGGGGGGUCACCAUCCCUGGAGGUGUUCCAGAGCAGUGGGGAUGUGGCACUGAGGGACAUGGUCAGUGGGCAUGGUGCCAUGGGUUGAGGUUGGGCUUGGGGAUCUUAGAGGUCUUUCCCAACCUUAAUGAUCCUGUGAGUGUUAAUUUUCCUCCCAAGCAGCUCAUAGGAAUAGCAACGAGGAAAAGCACGUUUGUGUAAUCAUGUUUUCAGACAUGGGCUCCGGGCAAUUCGGAAAGAAAUGAGAGCCACGGGUGAUCUGUCGGGUCUUGUUGCCUUCCCUAGGGGUGCACUCCACCUCAGCUGAGUUUGUCUGUGUGUCCCUGGUGAGCAGAGCCAUCCUGGAGCUGGUGUCAGCCCAGGGGAGAAGCACGUCUGUCUUCCCACCGUCUCUCCUUUGAAGCAGCGAUGGCAGGGGGAUAAUUUCUUCCUUUUCCCACUUCUUUUAGAAGUGCAGAUGAAAGAAGCAAGCGCUGGGGUAGCCCUGUGUGCCAGCAGGAAAGCGGUCGGGCCUAGAGCAGCCUGCACCCCAAAGUGCUCAGGGUUGUCCUAGGAGGGGGCACGCUGGGCAUUGCAGAUCUCUCAAGCGGAGAGCUGAGCUGAGAGUUGCUCCUGGUUGCUCUUCAUAGAACCACAGCAUGGUUGGGUUGGAAGGGACCUCAGAGCCCACCCCCCCAGCCCCAUGGGACCCUUGCCAUGGGGUGGUUGCCCCCCACCAGCUCAGGUUGCCCAGGGCCCCAUCCGUCUUGGCCGUGCAGCUCUGUGUGGUAAUAGCUGGGGGGGGGGGGGGGUUAUUCUCAAUUUUUCUUGCUCUGGACCUUGGUGUGUAAUUCUGUUGUGGCAUGAGUCAGUGCUAUGACCCCGCUCCCAUGGCCCUGCCCAUGCCUGGGCUGUGUUAGGAUGGGUUUGGGCUGCUGAAGGAGAGUGAGUAAUCAAAGGAAGGUAGCAACACGCCAAGCUCUCAAACGCUAGAAAGUACCAGAAUUAGCGUUAAUUAAAUCAACGCUAAUUAAAAACCACUGGGCUUUUUUUUUUUUUUUCCUUCAUUUUUUUUUUUUUCUUUCCGUAACUUCUGCGAAGCUAUUUUGUUCAGUUGCAGGUUUUUUUUUUAUUAUUAUUUUAGCGUAGAACGUGGAAAAAUAACUGCAUAGGAGCAGCUGAGAGCGGGGUUGCGAGGCAGAGUGGUGGGCUGCGGUGCCCCUGGGAUCUGCUGUUACAGGGGGGGGGUUCUGCCUCAGGAAGCCACAGUAUUAGUGGUAUUUUCUCUGUGCUUCGUGGAUUCAGCAGAGAGGAACCAGCAGGUUUCAUCAAAUUACGCCAGGCGGUGAUUAAAUGCCAUUCUCCCUGCUGCAUCCAUAUUCCCAUCCUUUAUUUAUAGCAGUGCAAAUACAAAAAAAAAGAGAGCUGCUGGUGGCCAUACUGCAAAGGCAUCCCCGAGCAUGCAGAGAUCGGUGGCCGUGUCCUUCCUGCGGGUGCGACGGGUGCAAAUUCUGCUUGGGAAGAGCCAAGAGAAGAAGACUUCGUUUUAUGGCAGAUUCAGGCACUUCUUGGACAUCAUCGACCCACGUACUCUCUUUGUUACUGAGAGUCGCCUGAAGGAAGCCGUGCAGCUGCUGGAGGAUUACAAGCAUGGGACUUUGCCCCCGGGAGUCACCAACAAGGAGCUGUGGGGAGCUCAAAAAAUAAAGCAGGCCAUCAUCCACCCCGACACAAACGAGACCAUCUUCAUGCCUUUCAGAAUGUCAGGUUACAUUCCCUUCGGAACACCCAUCGUUGUUGGUCUUCUUCUGCCCAACCAGACGAUAGCAUCCACUGUGUUUUGGCAGUGGUUGAAUCAGAGCCACAAUGCGUGCGUCAACUAUGCAAACCGCAACGCGACAAAGCCUUCUCCGACGUCCAAGUUCAUCCAGGGCUACUUGGGAGCUGUCAUAAGUGCUGUCUCAAUAGCAGUGGGCCUUAAUGUUCUGGUUCAGAGAGCGAACAAGUUUACCCCCGCCACUCGUCUCUUGAUCCAGAGGUUUGUGCCAUUCCCCGCUGUCGCUAGUGCCAAUAUCUGCAACGUUGUCCUGAUGAGGCACACGGAGCUGGAAGAAGGAAUUGAUGUUUUGGACAAUAAUGGAAACAUCGUCGGGUCUUCCAGAAUUGCUGCAAAACACGCACUGCUAGAAACAGCCCUGACUAGAGUGGUCCUGCCAAUGCCUAUACUGGUUCUACCUCCAAUUAUUAUGUCCAUACUGGAAAAAUCGAGACAUCUCGCCUGGAGCCGGAGAUCGCAAUGGCCACCCCCAGUAAGACCGUCAUCUACAACAAGGGGUUGUAAGUGGGAGCUGCAGACCCCUCCGCCCGGAAGAUCUGGGGAGGGAGAGGGGGAAACGUGAGAUCUCGACUGGGAGAGAACGCAGCAGCGAGACGACACAAAUCCUAGAGCUCAGCGAUAGUCCUACUGCUCCCGGAGAGCGGGAGUGGGUUAACACUUUUGGAGAACUGACACCUCACACCACUCAACAACAUUAACAUGCAAAGUUUUAACGUAGCAGCAGCGGGAAACUACAUUCAAACACUUUAGACAACUAGCGGAGGAAUAAUCUCUAAACUUCUAGCACUGCAUGGAGGGAAGUUUACGGGAUGUUUACAUGGCUAUACCUAACUACGUGGAAGUAGGCUUCACCCAGCAAAUUUUGUUUUCGAUGCAAAUUAAAUCUCAGCACUGACACUGCACAAAAGUCAUUCUGCAGAGACUGAUGGGUACGUGACUUUGAAGCGCUUGAUAGGGUGUUUGAUAAGUGUCUUGUAUCGAUUCCAUGUUGGCACUGCCCCAGCUGCCACCCAGCACAUCAGUAAGGGGUUCAAGGUCCUGGAAAGCCAAUGUGCCCUACAUGGGAUGGGAUCUUCCAGUAAAAUGGAUGGGGUUUGUCCUGCCUGAUGCCCUGCUCUGUGAGUAAGGCAGUCUGAGCUACUUGGGUAGGGUUCCAUGAGGGAUUCGUGAAGCUGCUCCACUUUGAGUCUGCCUGUCCUUCGUCUGGAUGUGGUGAUGGAGCACUCCUGGGUACAAGAGCACAUCCCACCUGGGUGCCUGGUCCCAUGGCCCCGCAGACCUCCUCCUGGUUGAGUUUGGGGCCAUAAUUUGGCUUUCCAGUAUCUUUUACCCCAAAGUGUAAAAGAGCAGAGUUCAAGUGUGGCCACUGGGAUCAUUGCAGGGAUCAAGGUGUGGCGGUGAUGAGCAUGGCCAAAUGCAAUGGUUGCCAUCAUGCCAAUGCCAACGUGUUGGGGCUGGGGGAGGGCGGGGGGAGCAUGGGAAACCAAAUCAACAGUGACACAGAAUGUAUGUGAAAGGAUGCGUUGCCAUGUUUGGGAGUGGGAGCUGCACAGUGGAUUCUGUCCCCAGGCUGGUGUGGAUCAAAUAAUCGUUAAAUAUGAGAUUUGUGGACAUCCACACCAACCUGGAGGGGAGGAGAGGCCAGCGGUGCUCUCCCCAUCCCUGCUGCCCACAGGGCAGCUCCCAGUCCCUGGUGUUGGUGGGAAUGCCGAGCUCAUGGAGCAGUUCUGCAUUUCCACCAGCGUAAGGGACAGCUGGAUUUGACCCAGCAGAGUUCUUCUAAUGCACUAGAUCAGAUGAAUGUACAGUCAGCACAUGCUUAAUGUGUGCUUAAAUGUGUGCUGGCUCUGACGGCAUAACUGAGCCCAUAGCUGAGUGGACCAGAAGCCUCCAAGGUGGGUUUUGCAGCUGCCGCAAUCAUUCUGCUGCAAUGCUGCAAAGCUCAUUGAUCUCAGUCUUUUUCUUUUUUUGGGGGGGAGGGGAGCGACCGAGGCAUUGCUUUGUAGCGGGGCGGAUUCUGCAAGGAUUUGGUCUUGCAUGGUAAUGGCUGAUCAAAGAUAGUGGUGGCUGCGAGCUGCAGCUACCUGCGGGGUCUGCAGAUGGAGCGAGCGAUGUGCGGCGGGGGGUGAGCCGGCAGCACGCCAUGCUGACGGCGCUGGUUGGAGGAGAGCAGGCUGCAGGGUUCCUAAUGCACGCUGCCCUGUGCAGUGGGAGGGAGAGAUCCUGCUCCGUGGGUAAGGACUGGCCUCAGGGAUGUCAGAAGAGCAGCGCUUGGGGAUUACGGCUUGGGUCCAACAAGCGACAAUCAGUCUAAAUGAGCCUGGAUUUGUUGUGUCCCUUGCAAAUCCCAUCAAACUUGCUUCAUUUCAUGUAUCAGAAAAUGGGGUGUCGAGCCCCAUUCCCUUCUGCCUCUUGACCCAGCCUUUCCCAGGCUCUCGGUUCUUCCAGUUCAGCCUGGCGUUUGGAAAGCAAAGGGGCUUCUCCCGUGCAGUUCCUAAGCUUCUCCAAAAUCCUUCAUGGCCGUUGCAUUGUGAAGUAUCUACUGUGUGUGUCAGCAGUGCUUGUGGGUUGUGCCAUGGGGCUGGAGAGACGAGGUUUGGGUCUGCAUCUCCCAGAACAUUGUGCUGACUAUAGGUGCAUUGCAUAUAUAUAUCUAUCUUUAUAUUUUUAUAUGUACGUAAGGGCAGCAGAGUUUGAGACCCAACUUCUGAGUUGGGCUCCAACCCUACUGCCUGUCCCCUUGUUGUCCAUUGGUCUGUCCCCUGCCAUGGGAGCAGCACAAGACGUGUGCAAGAGGGCACCCACCACAUUAUGGUGGACGUGUGGUCCCUUUUGGGCAGCACGAACGUGGCCGUGUCCCCACCACGAGGUUCAGAGGUCUCCACCAAAGCCUCUGCGGCUCCCACAGCCAUUGCAGCAUUGGGACCCUUGCUGCAAAAGCAGCAGAGUGGUUCUGCAGACACCGACCUGACCCUUGGGGCAGCACCAGCCUGCAAAGCCCAUUUCACCCUGGCGCACCCAAAUCACUGCUGUCACUUUUGGGAAACGUCCUUGCCCUUUUUGUGCUUUGCCCAAGAGCUCAAGGUUGGCCAUUGAGCUCCAAUCAAAAAGUUGACUCAGCAUUGAGCUUAACUCUUGGUACAGCCUGAGAAAUGAAAAGCAUGGCACUGGAAAGCGGCAGCACAUUAGUACUGUUUAUUAGGACAGCAAAUUGUGCCAAAAAAGAGCUAAUGAUAACAUUAUACACAUUCACUUAAUAGCUAAUUAAUCUCUUCGACUCUCCUAAUGUACAAAAGGAGCCUUGGGUUUGCGAGAACAACUCAACCAUUUGCAUUUAUUAUUUCCUAUAAUUGGGGAACUGGAAGAAAUGGGAAGGAAAAAACCCACCUCACACAUCAAGUUGUUCACCUCAGCAGAUAAUAAUAAUGAGACGAUCAUCUCCAGUAGUAUUUAAUUAGAAAUGUCGCAGCUAAUUGAUUUCUUGGAUAUGUUAAUUAAGAAAUAAUGAGGACCAGGUUGCAGCAAAAGGUGCCAGCGAGAAGUUUGGUUCCCUCAUGGAAGAGGUGUCCUUGGGCUGCUCCCUGAGCUGGCCUGGGGAUGGCCCAUGGGCUGUGUCAGCCCUGUCCCUGGUGCUGCAGUGGGCCACGAGGGCAGGAAGCCAGCCCAGUGCUCAGUGGUUGGUUCCUUCCUCCUACAGCAUGAGUUCUAGAAAGUAACCAGGUCUGAACUUGCCAACCCCAUCCCUUUGGCUUUCCCUUGCAGGGUGGAGGGAGUGGGUGCCAAUGUGUAGCACAGCAGCCCCAAAAAGUCUUUGCCCUGCUUCUUCCCUGGGCAGCCUGAUCUAGUGGUUGGCGACCCUGUCCAUGGCAGGGGGUUGGCACUGGGUGAUGGUUAAGGUCCCCUCCAACCUAAGCCAUCCUACGAUUCUAUGAUCUUUGAGGUCCCUUCUGACCCAACCAUUCUGUGAUUCUAUGAUUCUAUGAUACAAUGACUCUAUGCCUUUGUCCCAUGUGCUCUCAGAACCCAAAACUGCUUUUUGGGGAUUUCUUUUUUUUUUUUUUCCUUGAGCUUCUUGUCUGCUUUGCCUCCUUCCUCAGUUUUCCCUCCAGGAGCUCAGGCACGGCUCCAUUCCUUCCUGCUCCUCGCUCAUCGUUUCGCUCCAUCCCCACGCAACCGGAGCCGUCGCCCUCGCAGACCUCAGGUUACGCCGGGUUCCGACUCACAACCCCUGGCACCUCCUUGAGUCCCGUUGGGAACCAGCCCCUUGUGACGUCCUGGUGGCUGCAUACAGCUGCCUUCUGCCCGGCCUCCUGCCGCUCCGGUGGCAGCGCGACGCUCGGGGGCAUCGCUCCCCGGCCACGUCUUCCAACCGCACAUCCCGGCACGGCCCCGAAACGCACACGGUCUCUUUUUAACCUUCUCAACAGAUCGAUCGACCGCAACACUUUGUGUAACACUUGGACACGUCUGGAAUAAAAGCAUUUAAAGACUUC